GGUUUCCAUCAAUUUUCUUUUUCAGAAAAUUCUGCGAUAUUUUAAUUACUUACUGGAUAAGAUAAUAAUAUUCAAUUAAAUUAACGUUCUUCAAUACAGUAUUUCUGUAACUAUUACAGGCUUGUACGAUAUAUAUAAACAACUUCAAGUGGUUUCCAUUUCAUACAGUAAUAUUUAACACAUUUCUGAACGCAGCCUUAUUUUCGCUAUUGCGGUUGCCGCACACGUGCCGUGAUUUUUGUGAUAUUUUUUGUAAAAUAAUUAUCUUUACAGACUGCAGAGCAUCAAAAGGAGCACUUAGACAAAACAUAAAUAGAAAAUUAACAUAGUCUCAAUAUUUCAUAAGUCGUAAGCAUCUCAUAUGGACAUGGUAUCGGAGACGCAGGUGAAUGGAGGGGCGGAGACCGGGGAGCUUCCGCCUGCACUGGCGGAGCGCCCCGCUGGCCUGCCGCCCGGCACCUACGCGCUGGUUGGCUGGGACAUGGACACCACGGGACGCAGGCUUAUUGAUGAGAUAUGCCAGAUAGCAGCGUACGCGCCCAAACAGACGUACUCCCAGUACAUAAUGCCGUACGGAGACCUGAACCCGGGCGCGCGGCGCCGCCACAGCGUCCGUGUCGUCACCGUCGGCCGGUACCGCAUGCUCAAGGACACCAACACUCACAAGAUCCUUAAGACCAAGUCGGAGAUAUCAGCCCUGACGGAGUUCCUGGACUGGCUGGAGGCGGCGCGGGGCGACGCGGGCAGCGUGAUCCUCAUCUACCACGAGCCGCGGCGACUCAGCCCCACCAUGCUGCUCGAGGCCCUCACCAGGUACAAGCUACUAGACCGCUUCAAGAGCAUCGUGUCGGGCUUCACGGACAGCUACGCCCUCGCAGCCGACAAAUGCAAGUCGACGGUCAAGUCCGUGUCGCUGCGGGUGCUGGCGCGUGUGCUACUGGAUGCUGACACUCUGUCCGUGGAUAGCGCCCUGGAUAGGGCCACCGCCGCCUACAAGAUUGUCGAGCAUUUGGCUCAGGGCGAGCAACAAGAAGUGGGGGCGGGCGGCGAAGGGGCCCCGCCCUCGGCCCACAUGGUGGAGACAGCCCGAGCCUGGGCCCGGCCAGUUAGCACCGAGCUGGACGCGCUGGCCACACUCAAGACGCUGCUGGAGAGACAAAACACUUUCCGGCCAGUCUUCGCGCCGCUACUACGCACGGUGCGUCCGCAACGCAAGCGCGUCACUGCGUUGCGUCGUUUACUCGCCGACGCGGGGCUGUUGUACGACCAGCUGAAGGAUGCGUGGCAGGAGCAGAAGAUUGAAGGUCUAGAGAAGCAGCUAGCGGCGCUGAGCGUGACUGCUAAAGAAGAAGACAUAAAGGAGCUGAUCGAGAUCUUCGACUGCCACUUCGACCCCGCCAAAGAGCCCAAGGGGCCUAAACCCAGAGCGCCUAGGAAUAAGAACCGGGCGGGCGGGUCGGCGGGCGAGGGCGAGGGCGACGCGGGCGACGGCAGCACCAGCGACUCGGCCGCCAGCUCCGUGCACCACUCGCCCACCAAGACUAACAAUGCAGAAGCAGCGGUAGGGGACACUAGUCAAACAGUCGCAAAUCCGGAGCCGGUCGCCGCGAACUAGCCGACAACCACAUACUAACAUUACAACUUAGAAUUUUUCUACAACACUACUGUCGUUUAGUAUAUUGCCCCCGACUUGGGACCGUUUAUAUCGAGAAAUUGAGUAAAGUACUUGAGCCAUUACAAACUUGCGAACUGAGUAUUAUUUUAAUUAGACCUCUCGCAAAGGCAUAAUUGUGUCGGAACUCUUGCUCUCACUUCAAUUUCUGUGUGUAAUCAGUUUUAUGAGUUAAACACGCACGAUUGUAAUGGAUCUAGCAUUGAACGUUGUCAUUAUGUGUAGGCUAAUGUUAGGUGUGAAAAUAAAGUCACACCUAAUAUUAGCCGUAACAUAUGAUAAACGUUGUUUAACCGAUUAUUCGAUGUGCACGGUCCCGAAUCACGGGUAGCCAUAGAAAUGUGACAAACAUUUAUUCGUAUUAUACAUUUAGGUUAAGUCUUCUUGAAUUAGAACCAUGAUUAUGUUGUUUUGCGUACUUCGGUGAACGAGUUACAUGUUUUCUUUUCUUCAUAUACAAUCUACUUCAAUUUAACCCUUACUUUUGCUUCUCGCGUAAAUUUUUAUAUAAAAGGUAGUGUGCCUUAUGCGAAUAUGUAAGUGUGUUCUAGCCAGUGAUGUGUUGGCCUUUUUGUUGUUGUUUUAGAACAAUUUUGGUACAUUUUGAUACUAAACAAAAUAUCAAACAUUUUGUAACGUAAAAAUUUAUGAAAAAGACUCCAUUGGCGAAUGUGGUAAAGUCAAUAUUUUUAGGGGCUGUGGAAGCAAUAUUGUAUAAUAACACUUUGUAAACACAUUGGGGCUUUGUGAACAAGGAUGAAAUAAUAAGUACAAUACUGAGUACUGUUUUAUUUAUUUUUAAAGUGUGUGCAAUCACAUUGUAACGGAUGGACUGAUAUAGCAUCCGCAUAUUUUUACAUUUUAUUUAUUUUGUUGUUGCAUAUUCAUUGUAAGUUAUUAGGAUUGCAUUUCGCUACUAACAUGCCGUAGGCGCGAGCGUCGAUUUGUUUGUUUUGCCAUAGAGAAUACCUACUUGUUUUUUUUUUCAUAAACAAUAAUCACAUAAGCAGCGCACGUAAUGCAAAUCGCGUGUACCUAUUAACUUACCUUUAAUUUUAGUUAGUUUUUAACAUAGACUGUACAUAUUAUUUAAUUUCUUAUUUUGUUCAGAUCUCUAAUAAAUAUGUAAGUCUACA